CCAAUCGGAAGUGGGCUUUUGACUCGUCGAACGAAGGAAAGAGAUCGAAGAAAGCGCGGCACGUCCGGUACGCAAAGGAAUACCUACCUACCUACCGUACAGCAGGCCCAGUGGUUUCGCAAGGCACCAAACAUGAGCGGAUCCGGAGGAAAGGGCGGAAAAUCGCUGGCGCUCAUGCAGCGGCGGCUCAAGGGGGGCACCGAACAGCAGCCGCAAGGCCAGGCGCCGGCGGCUCAGCAACCGCAGCAGCAACAGCAACAAGCGCAGCAGCAACCCGUGGCCGAGAACCCGCAGCAGCAACAACAGCAGCCGGGCCAGGCGCCGCCACAGGUGCAGCAACAACAGCAGCCGGCACCCCAGGCUUCUUCCCCGGCCCAGCCGGCUCCCGGACGGCCCAAGGGAAAAGACUUUAGCGCAAUGUCCAACCGGCCCAAGGGCAAAGACUUUAGUGCCAUGUCCAACCGGGCCCCCCAGGCACAGCAGCAACAACAACAACAGCAGGCACCGGCACCACAGCCGGCGCAAGCGGCCCCGGCCAAGAAGGGAAAGGACUUUUCCGCCAUGACGCACCGGCUGGGCGGUCCGCCGGACGGGGGUUCCGACCAGGCCGCCCGCGACGUGGCCCGGCGCCAGCAGCUCCAGGCCAAGGCCCGGCAGCACGCCGGCUACCGCCCGGUCGACGGGCAGCGGGGGUCUCCCGGCCAGGCACCCCAGCCGCAGCAAUCACCACCCCAGCAGCAACAACAGCAACAGCAACAGCCACCGCAGCAACCGUUUGCGAGAAUCCCACAGCAGCAGCAGCAAUCGUCGCCGAUACGAACCUCUCAAGGAUACCCCCAUGCUCAGCAGCAGCAGCAGCAACAACAGCCAUCGCCGCAACAAGGCCUGCCGUACGGACACCAGCCACCGGCACCACAGCAGCAGCAGCAGCAGUACCGCCAGCAGCCACAGCCCCACCCGGGCCAGGCCCGACCGUCGCCCCAGACGCAGCAACCGCAAGCGCCACCGCAACAGUUCCAGCAGCCCUCCCAGCCGCCGCCCCAGCAGGUCCAGCCGUCGCCGGUCCAGCAAUCCAGGCCCCCCCCGAAGCAGGCCCAGGCUCCCGCCCCCGGAAAAAAGGCGGCGGGCAAGCAGGCGGCCCAGCGGAGGGGGACCAAGGCCCCCCCGACCGCCUCGGGCCGGCGGGCCUCCAAAACCACCAAGAAGGCCACGGACGGCCCGGCCGCGAAAUCCCUCGAGCCCUCUUCCCACGAGGGCCGGCUCUCCCUGGCCGUUUCGACGGGCACGAGCGGCCGGAGCGGCUCGAAGAAGUCCUCGUCCCGGGCCAGCGGGGGGCCCCACGCGGCGCCCCUGGUCGGCCCGAGGAUCGCGGACCUGGUCAAGUCCAUCGACCCGAACUACGGGAUCGAGGCCAGCGCCGAGGAGCAGGUCCUCCAGCUCGCGGACGACUUUCUGGACAGGGUCACCCACCAGGCCAUCAAGCUGGCCCGGCACCGGGGGUCCAAGACCCUCGACGUCGGGGACCUGCAGAUCGUCCUGGCCAAGAACUUUGGGAUCGUCGUCCCCGGCCUCGGCCUGCCGGCCGUCCGGCCCAUCAAGGGCGCCUCGGUGGCCGCCCGGUCGGCGGCGGGGGGUUCCCGGUCGGCCAAGCGGGGGGCUCCCCAGGACGCGGGCGGGAGCGGGCCCACCCGGAAAAAGGCGACCCAGGGGGGGCCGGGAGGCGGGGGGUCCCAGGCGUGACGUGCUUUGCUUUGGUGUGGCACCACGGAAGCUUCCGGAGGGUGGUUCGGCCAACACCGGCCGUGAAACGCAAAUGGUGUCGGCGCAGACAGACCACCC